AUGAUCCUGUCCGAGGUAACGGGCACACCGUUGGAGGAGGUAGACAGGGCGGUUCCACACGGACAUCGUUGGAUGCAGGCGUACAUGGUGAAGCCAAGGAGCGACAUGCUGAGGCACAUCAGGAGGGUUGAAGCAGCUGGUUACAAGGCCAUAGUGCUAACCAUAGAUGAGGUUGCCUUAAGACGAAUAACUUACUCUAAUUUUGAAUAUCCCGCUUCUUUCGACUAUGUAAACGUUCCCCGACCAGUGAUUGGUGGUAGCGUGGGCGACGUGGAGAAUCAAAUUGACACAGUCACUUGGGACGAUGUGGAUUGGUUGAAAAACGUGACACGUCUUCCAAUCAUUCUCAAGGGAAUUUUAACCCCAGAGGACGCCGAACUUGCGGUGCGCCAUGGUGUGGAUGGCGUUUAUGUAUCCAACCACGGUGGCCGUACACUUGAUGGUACUACAGCCACUAUUAACGCGCUCUGGGAUGUGGUGCGUGCCGUUAAGGGGCGAUGUGAGAUUUACCUAGACGGAGGAAUUCGGAACGGGAGGGACGUUUACACGGCGUUAGCUCUAGGGGCUCAAGCCGUCUUCAUCGGUCGUCCUGCUAUCUAUGGUCUCGCCACUAACGGCUCCCAAGGUGUUCAAGACGUACUUGACAUACUGACUAACGAACUAGAAAGUACCAUGGCACUCACAGGCGUGACCCGAGUGUGUGAUAUCAGCCCUUCCUAUGUGGUGAAACAAAGUUACUACGAGAACCAGUUUCCAUCAAAUCGUUUUUCAGCUAAAUUCUUCGGAUAG